AUGGCCCCUUUCAUCACUCUAGUAUGCCUGCUGUUGUUGGCGGCAGUUCUUCCAUCUUCUGCCAAAAACGUAAAGAAAGGCAAGAUUGACAUCAGAGAGGAGUGCCCAUGCAAAUUGGCACCUCGCCCUGACAAAGCAGAGAAAGCACUGACUGCGAGAUGGAUGGUUCAUUCGCUGGAUUGGGGUAUUCUUGCCACAAUAUCCACUCGAUUGGGGGGAGACACAAGUCCGGUUCCGUUUGGCAAUGUCUAUUCGUUUGUGGAUGGGACUUGUGAAAAGUCAACUGGAACACCCUAUUUCUACGGUACCUACAUGGACCAAUCAUAUGCUGAUUCCUUGAUCCACGAGACGGUAUCCUUUUCAUUGAGCGAAGCAUCCCUGUCGUCUGUGUGCACCGAGCGAGAAGCAUUCACUUCUUGCGCACUGGGUACCAAGUAUGGCGAUCCCGAGAAUCCAGUAUGUGCAAGAUUGACGCUGACUGGAAAAUUUGUCGUCCUGACUGAAGGUACGGAGGAGUACAACCUUGCCAAGGAAGCCAUUUUUGAGCGCCAUCCUAGCAUGGAAGGCUGGCCUGAAAAUCACGAGUGGGUGAUUGCCAAGAUUGAUAUUGAGGAUGUUUGGUUGAUUGAUUUCUUUGGCGGUGCUUCCAUUUUGACACCAGAGGAGUACUUUGCAGCGAUGGGAGAUGAACGAUGA